GGCACAAGUGUUCCUCUUGUGGUAAAGAGCCAGUGCGUUCCUUGUAGCCGUCGGCCCACAUGAGCGCAGAAUGAGGAUAAUAGUUUGGCUCAGAGACACGAUGUCGUCCUUUCAUGUGCGAUAUGUCGUUGCUUCGAGGCUGGAAAUGUUGUUCUCAUCAACCGAUACAUUUGUUUCGAUCGUGUUGUCGCCACUUUACGAGAUGAAAAAAAAAUAAACAGACCUUCACUCACAUUCACUUCGAAGUGGAAAGUGGGUGGCAAAUGAAUUGUUAAUUGGCGACCUACUUGCUGUUCUUUGACAAACCCUCUGACAUGCUCAACUAAUUUGUAUAGCGCAACGUGUGUUUUGACUUGGAAAAGUUUGGGCAUAUUCUCGUGAGGCGAUUAUGCGGGAUUUGGGGGAGCGGCGAGAUGAGUGCCGUGAAAAGUUACCGCGACAACUUGCUUUAUUUAAUCCGAGAAUUAUGUCUUCAGACUUGGUGAAGCAGCUACAGUAUUUGUCCGAUGUUGUUUUUGAGCACCAUGUUCCAAAUGACGAUAAACAUUCGUGUGUUUGAUCAUGAGCUCAACGUACGACUUGCUCUUGUUUUCUUUUAUGACAUUUUCGCGGGCCACAUAAAAUGAUCUGGCGGGCCAGAUCUGGACCCCGGGCCUUGACCUUUGACACCUGUGAUUUAGGAUAAUCUUUUAGAGGCAUACGAUCAUCGGGCCAUUGCUAAACGUUGAUCGGAAGGGGGCAUGUGCAACUUCGGCUUCUAGGUUUGCGUGGACCCUGUUUCAGUCUGUGCACGUUGUGUAGUGCACUUCAGAAAUGCUUUUUACAUUUUUUUUAAUGUCCUACAUCUUGGUUAAGGAAGUGCAUGAUCCUACGUACGCCCCCCCCCUCCCAACCGCACUGCUAUAGGCCUUCCCACGAUGCACUUUCAGUAUCACAUUCACCUUAGGAUUCCCUCCCAACUCCGCUAACACACACCUCCAUGGAAACGCAUCAGUGCACCCACAGAUUAAUAUUGAGGUCAGACUGAGAGAUGGAGUCAUAGUCCCCCCCCCCCCCCCCAUACACUCAAUAACAUCAUGGCACGCCCUCUGGCUACCUCACAGUGAUCUGAUCGCUCAUGUGAAAGCGCCCCCAUCUGCCUAGAAAAUAAAUCUUAAAAAAAAAAAAAAGAGGCGGCAAUGAAGGUUAGGUUGAGGGAAAAGGCAGUGAGGAUGCCAGAUAAAGAGUAGAGGGAAGAAGAAAAAUGGAGGACAGAGGGGGCAGGGAGUGGAGGGGGGGGGCGUAUCUGUGUCGCGUUGCCCUGAGAUACAGGAUGUCGUAAUAAGGCAAUCGGGGAGAGAGGGCGAGCGAGAGAGAGAGAUGGGGGAGGGACAAGGUCCGAGGUGGAGGAAGGGGAGGGGAGAAGAGAGAGUGAGCCAGAAGGAGAAAAAAAAUGCAUUUACUUCCCUGUUGCUGUCACAAGACGACACCCCUCCACACGCGCGCGCAGUGGAAUGUUCCGCCGGGCUCUGGGCUCUGUUGUUGUGCAGAGCGGCAGAAGGCCCGACACUGGCAGUGGGAUCAGCAACGCGGCCACGCAGGCAGGCAGCGAGUCCUGGACCGCCGUCUUCUUGAGAGGGAUCUCUUUUUCCAUCAGCCUGCAGGAACAGGGGUUUGAGGGUAGGGGGCGGGGGUGGGGAGGAGAAGGUGUGGAGAAAGAGCAGGAACGAGGCAAGGUGAAGCCGGACAAGGAAGGAAGAAAGGCCUGAGACGCAGCAGAAAGCCUCGCCGAGUGUCCCUCCUCCCCCGCCGCCCCCUCCGCCUCCCCCUGAGCCGGCGGGGCCCCCGGAGCCGGAGGAGGAGAUCCUGGGCUCCGACAAUGAGGAGCAGGAGGACCCGGCAGAUUACUGCAAAGGAGGCUACCAUCCGGUCAAGAUCGGAGAUUUGUUCAACGGGAGGUACCAUGUGAUAAGGAAGUUGGGGUGGGGACAUUUCUCCACCGUUUGGCUGUGCUGGGACAUCCAAGUGAAGAACUUUGUGGCCAUGAAGGUAGUGAAGAGCGCUCAGCAUUACACCGAGACGGCCUUGGAUGAGAUCAAACUGCUGCGAUGUGUGAGGGAGAGCGACCCCGCCGACCCCAACAAAGACAUGGUGGUCCAGCUGAUAGAUGACUUCAAGAUCUCCGGCGUCAAUGGCAUUCAUGUGUGCAUGGUGUUCGAGGUGCUGGGUCACCACCUGCUCAAGUGGAUCAUCAAGUCCAACUACCAAGGCCUGCCGCUGCCGUGCGUCAAGAGCAUCAUCAAACAGGUCUUGCAAGGGCUGGACUACUUGCACACCAAAUGUAAAAUCAUUCACACCGACAUCAAGCCCGAGAACAUCCUGAUGUGCGUGGACGACACGUUUGUGAGGCGCAUGGCCAUGGAGGCCACCGAGUGGCAGAAAGCCGGAGCCCCGCCCCCUUCCGGGUCGGCAGUUAGCACAGCCCCGCAGCUCAAACCGGUGAGUACGACUGAUGCGGGCAAAAUCUCCAAGAACAAAAAGAAGAAACUGAAGAAGAAGCAGAAGCGUCAGGCCGAGCUGCUGGAGAAGAGGAUGCUGGAGAUCGAAGCCCUGGAGAGGGAAGCCGAGAAGAAGGAGGAGCGAGCCAACGAUGAGGGCGACGAGGACGAGGAAGAGGAAGAGGAGGAAGGGCCCAACGAAGAGGACGCGUCGGAGCGGCCGCCGCCGGAGCGGACGUCCACGCCGACCUCGGCGCCUCAACCGACACCGCCGGGCCCCGGCAUGGCCCUCGGAGAGAGCGAUGACGAUGACGAUGAGGAUGAGGACGGGGAAGAGGAGGAGGAGGAAGGUGGGGAGAGGCCCACCAGGUUGACCAAUCACACAUGCGCAGCGCACAACGAGGAGCCUGGAGGGGAGGAGAAGGAGAAGGAGGAGGAGAAGGAGAAGGAGGAGGAGAAGCAGAAGGAGGAGAAAGCCCUCCGCAUCAUCGAUGACGACUUUGACAAAGACGCAGAGGAAGAGGAUCUUACACCCGUGGCUGAGAAAGACGCCCCCAUCCCUCCCGGUAACGGAGAUUUGACACAGACAGAGGAGCAGGAGCAGGAGGAGGAGGAGGAGAAGGAGAAACAGGAUGCACCAAAAGGCCUGAUGCUGGAGAAGGAGGUAGAGAGAGUCACUGAGGAGGAGAAAGAAAAUGAGCUUGAGGCAAAGGAGGCAGAGGAGAGAGAAGAAGCCAAGGAAGAGGAGGAAGAUGAUGAGGAAGCGGAGGAGGACGACGACGACACCACCGCCGACCUCCUCACAGACAACAGCUCCCCCGUCAAGACGCACGCCAAUCAAACCGACGUGUCCAAAACCAACGGCCAUGUCUUGCUGAUCUCGGAGGGGCCCGAGACGCAGCUGCCCACCACGCCCGAGCCUCUCCUCUGCCCCUUGGUAGAGUCUGAGCUCAGCUACACCGACAGGGAUCUCUCGCUCAGCUCCGGCUACGAGAUGUUCAACGGUGAGGCCGGCGAGCCGGGACUCAUCAACGGUGAGGCCGAGCGCUUGAGGGCCGCCGUGGCGCUGUUUCCCGACUUGCCUCUGGACCCGGACCCGGGAAGUCCCGUGUGCGGGGGCACGGGCGACACCGGUGCGGGGAAGUCCCCCGACAGCCCCGCGCUGGACCGCAGCCGCACCGUAUCGUCAUCCAGCACGGGGGAAACGCCCAAAGCCCGAGCCCGAGCUGCAGACCUCCUGAUCAACCCACUUGACCCCCGCAAUGCUGAAUCUAUCCGAGUGAAAAUAGCUGACCUUGGAAAUGCCUGCUGGGUGCACAAGCACUUUACUGAGGACAUCCAGACCCGACAGUACCGCUCCAUCGAAGUGCUGAUAGGAGCUGGUUACAGCACCCCUGCCGACAUCUGGAGCACCGCCUGCAUGGCCUUUGAACUGGCCACGGGGGACUACCUGUUUGAGCCCCAUUCGGGCGAGGACUACUCGAGGGAUGAGGACCACAUAGCCCACAUCAUAGAGCUACUGGGCUGUAUCCCAAGGCACUUUGCGCUCUCUGGAAAAUAUUCCCGCGAGUUCUUCAACAGAAGAGGCGAACUUCGGCACAUCACCAAGCUGAAGCCAUGGUCUCUUUUUGACGUACUGGUGGAGAAGUACGGCUGGGCUCACGAAGACGCCGCCCACUUCACCCAAUUCCUGCUGCCUAUGCUGGAGAUGGUGCCAGAGAAGCGGGCGUCUGCGGGCGAAUGCCUCAACCACGCGUGGCUCAACUCGUAGCCACUCACACGUGAAACCCCCCCGCCUCCCCAUCCAUCCCGCCUCCCCAUCCUUACCCCCCUUGAUGGUACUAAAGCAACUGAUUUGUGAAACACACCCCGGCGAGGCCCCUCCAUGAUGUCCUUAACGAACGGAAUGUAAAGACAAGUGUGUGGAUAGAAAAAAAAAACCUAAACUUGGUGGCUGUCUUCCGAAGUGAGUGCGCAUCGAAUCGGACCCAAUUUUGGACAAAUAGCUGCUGCUCCUGCCAUGACCUUUGAACCCUUCAGUCAAAACGGGGACCUUCACAGGACGCUCUCGGUGGCUCCCCACAUAGUUCAAAAAUUCCUCCGAGGGCAGCAUAGUCGCCAGUCCUCCAGGGGGCGCCACUGCAAAAGGCGUGAGGAAUGACUGGGGAAAAAAACCUGCAUGGUUAAUGGAUGCAACGAACUGCGGUAUGAUUUUCAUUGACUAUUCCCAAGUUGGAUGACAAGGAAGGCAGGGAAGAGUCAAGUGUUGCUGUGACAUCCCCCCCCCCCCCCCCCCAACUCCCUCUUUACCCCCCCAAUGAUAAAGUGAACGUUCGCGGUGGAGGUUGCACUUCUCGUCCUUCAGGAAUUUGAACAUUUUGUACAUAGAAAAAUGAGACACAGGAACACACACACACGUACGCGCACACAUUCCAGACAUAAAAAGUGGCUGCCUAUGGACCCCCCCCCCGUCCUUUCUUGCAAUGACACACAUACACACGAAUCUCCCCCUCAAUCAUUUAUCACAACCCGUCCAAUUGCCUAUUUUUUGCAAUGAACAAAAUAUAAGUAAACGGCGAGAUAUUUUUCAAAAAAAAUAUUUAAUUCAUUAAAAGGACAAAAAAAAAAAGCUUCUCUCUGGUUGUCGUAACCGUGGCAGAAUCUUAUUCUGAGGUGAUUGUGUUUGUCUAUUAGAGAUUUUUUGCUGUUAAUGAAUAGAAUUAUCAUUAGAUUUGUUUUACACCUCUACUCUCCCUCAUUAGCUGAUCAGCGCUGCUCUAUCUGGGCUUUUUAUGGUGGUUUGACACACACACACAAUCAAGCUUUCGCAAUAAAAGUAUGUGACUUUUUUUAAUUGCCCCACAACCUCCUUAUUUCCUUCACGUUCUUUCUCAGCCAUGCUGACUGUUCUUCCUGAUGACAAAAGUGCGUCUGUUGUCUGUUUUUCAUGGAAAGAUUUAAUAAAAUGCUAAAUGACUGGA